GCAAGUCUCAAACAUCAAGUUAUCUGGAAGAACUGACAAAAGAUAAUGCAAUCUGAGAAACGGAGGAACACUUCAGUUUUAUUCUAAACCUGGGGCCACAUGUACAUUGCACUCCUCGAGGAUUCGAAGAUGUUUGUUUUCAUAAAACGUAAAUGUAUUUCACUGGUACUGAGCGUGCUUCUGCUUUCACCACUGACCGUAUAUGUAUUCGUUUCAAGCCGCGCCAUACAAAGCGGACGAAUCGUAAGAAUUUUAUGCUUCGGCGAUUCUCUGACUUUUGGAAUGACGAACGGAUGGCCGCAUCCUUACACGUCAAAGUUACAAGAAUAUUUCAACUUGAACGAACAAAAACGACCAAGGAGUCAUUCAGUGUUGCACCAUGUUGAACUUUUCAACGCAGGGCGGUCUGGAGAGAAAGUACAGCAAGAAAUGCUACCCCGACUGCAAAGAAUCUUUCAGGGAACAACUAAAUACCACUGGGUUAUUAUUUUAGGAGGGACGAAUGAUUUGUUUGGGAUGAGGAGUAUAUGGGCAGAGAACAACAAAGUCAAAGACGAGCAUUCAAUAUUUAAUGCCAUUGUUCAACUUCACCGGGCUGCUCACGAAACGGGAGCGAGAACCGUUGCCAUGACAAUUCCCGCCUUACAGUGUGAAGUGAACAGAAAACGCAGAAUCAGUGUUAUCAUGGAAGUGAGGUUGAAAGUGAAUGAAAUGAUCCGUUAUUUCGUCAAGCAUUCAGGGGGAAAAGUGCUUCUUGCUGACCUUGAUAAGAAAAUGCCUCUAUCUCGAGACCAAAUGUUGUGCGGCGAUGGUGUUCACUUAACUGCGUCAGCUUACGACCAUAUGGCAUAUAUAAUUUACCAAUCGAUUUACAAAGAACUAGUCUGAACAAAUUACAAGGCACCAAAAGAAAGUGUUUCGCACCAAAGCACAGUUCGAUGUGACAUUCUCUCCAAGAGCCACCUGUCACUCAUAGCCGGCGGGGCCUAGGCACGAGGAAAAGGUUGCUCUGAAGACACGUAAUUUCAUUGGGCUUAAUUCAAUGCAGGUUCCUUUACCUGAAAAAACUGCUGGUUGAUCUAACUAAAACCAUUUGAUCACAGACCUACUGACAAAUUUCCCUUUAAGGAAAAAUCAAGCCCGGUUUUCACUACCACACGAGGACAAGCACAAGCUCAAGCAUAACCAAAUAAGGACGCCCACAACACAAGCAUAACCACACGAACACAUACAUGUAGUUUUUUGCUUAGUUAAACUGAAAUUUAGCGAUACUUUAUUCCUGAAUGAAGUUUUCCUUUUCCUCUAUAAUUUUGACACAGGGAUUUUCAAUUUAUUCAGCUCACAUAACGUAAAAAAGAUUAGAACUGAACUCGACUGAAUAACAUGUGCAAAGGAAACAAAGCAAAACAAGCAGUAAAGGAAUCAAGGAUUAUGAAUAGGGUGUACUGGACAGCUCUUAGACAAAUUCUGAAAUAAAGCCAUAAAGACAUCCAGUUCAGUCUUUUAAUGAUCUGAGAUAAAAUACACCACUAAGAUCUACUCUAAACUUCAUUGACAUUGUAGUCUCACUAUCUUCAGAUUUAAAUCAAAGCCUGAACCACUGUGACUUGUACUCUACAAUUCACAGUCAGUCUUUUUAAAUCCUGAAGAACUACUUAUUAUACUUCUUAAGAUUAAAAACGCUGGUGUUAGCCUGGGGUCGGGCUAUAAUGUCACUGCACUAAGUAACCCAGAAGUCAAAACUAAAACUAGAAGCCACAUAAAAGAAAAACAAGAGCACAGAAAGUUGAACCUGAUCACAGGUCAAGUUACUUCAGUUGUGUCAAAUGAAUGAUUGCCAUGAUGCAGUCUUAUUUUACUCAAGUGAGCAUUAUUUCCUUAAUAUGCAUUUACAUUGAUGUACUGAUAUAAUUUAAUAUUCUGUUUAUGCUGUGACCAUAUCUCUCAGUGGCAAUGUUUGUUUGCAAAGUUGAUGGCUCCAUUAAGCAUUUUAUUGUCUUAAGAAAACCAUGAUUCUGAUAAAAGAAUGUUCCAGUUAAGAAAUAACCUUUCAAACUCAAAAAUAGGUUUUGAUGGGACCCUAACUCAUGUAGAGUCACAAAUCUUAUGCAAACAUUCUUCUCACUUGGUUACAAUAUACAAUGUAGGAAGAUGGGUAUUAAUGCACAUAAUUUAGAAUAACUUGCACAUCAUAGCAAAGGAAGGCAUACA